UGUGCAAUCGCUGAUCUCGGCCUGGCGGUUCGUCACGAGUCCAUCACUGACACCAUCGAUAUCGCCCCCAACCAGCGCGUCGGCACUAAGAGGUACAUGGCACCUGAGGUUCUGGAAGAGACUAUUAACAUGCGUCACUUCGACUCGUUUAAAUGCGCUGACAUCUACGCUCUGGGACUCGUGUACUGGGAAAUCGCUCGCCGCUGCAAUGCUGGAGGUAUUCAUGAAGAGUACCAGCUGCCC